CUCAGAUAAAUAGGUCGUCGUCGUGUGUUGGGAAGGAAGUGUGUGUGUGUUUGUGCGGCAGAGUUUGAGCAGCAGGAUGGAGGGGGCCGAGCAGCGAGGUCCCCUGGAGCAAAGGGUUGAUGGAUCUGCUUUUGCUGUUCAGAAGGAAAUAGAAGUGGCGAAGAUUUUCUGCUGGAAGCCUAGGAAAGUGUUUCUAGGUCUGCUGGGGAGGGUAGGAGAGAAGGCAACAGACACUUAUAGUGAUGCAGAAUCCUUUGAAGAUUUGGAGACAGACAGUGAAGAGUGUUGGGAAUCGGGUGGUGAAGAUAGCAGUGGGCCCAUCACCAGUACAACUUCUCCUGAGAUGAAAGUUACACUCCAGCAUGAGAAAGAGGACUGGGAUUCAGAGUUGGCAGACACUGAAAACGGAAACAAUCCUUACGAUUUUGAAGAUUUUAUUCACUGUGGAGAUUUCUUGGCUAAGGAUCAAACAGCAUCGUAUUCAGUUCAAGGGCAUCUUUUGUAUGACCCCAGCUUGCACCAUGUAGCACCACUGACUUUGAAACACAUAGAGGCUGUGCUGGUGGAUGGGCAGUUUGAUGAUGCUGUUGACUGACAAAUGUUCAGGACUGGAAUAUCAACAAGACUGGUAAGCAUAGACACAAAAAGU